ACAAUAGGAAAAGGAAGCGGAGUAGACUGUCGUAACGAUUAGUUGGUAAACAAUACUUACGGGUACCAUUGCGAUAUAUCAUCCAUUGUCAGAAAAUUACAGCACGGAAACCCUACUCAAUUUUUGUUCUUGCACGUACUGUGGAUGUUCAAUAGGAGUAUAAGAACACAUUAUGAUCAACUAUUCUAAUAGAACGUACCAAAUCGUUAACAAUCAAUUAAAGAAAAGUACCUGCGGCGGUGGAAACGUGGCCGGCGACACCGCGUGGUUAGUCGAGCAGAUCGGAAACGAGUCAGCAGCGGAGGUGGCAAGCGACGAUGGUGGCCCGCUCUUCUUCCCACAACCGACGUGGUUAGUCCGGGCGACUUUCCUCCGCUCUUCUUCCCACAACCGCUACAGCGAAUCAGCGGCGGAGGUGGCAGGCGACGAUGGUGGCCCGGAGGAGGAGACCGCUACUGAGCGACCAGCGGUUGCUUGAUGGGUGGAGGCGGAGACAUGCAACGGAGGCGGAGGGAGGAUGAGGGCGGUUGAGUAUGUGUCUGAUCAGUUUGAAGGAAAACCGAGAAGGCAGCGCAUGGGGAGGGGAGAAAAAGCAGAAGAUAAAUCGUUUGCUAUAUUUGGUAGGUAAGUAGUCUUCCAAUUUUCAACUUUGCCAUUAUUGUUCUCUGUUUUAUUGUAUUUUUUACAAUUGAUUAUUGUUAAAGAGACAAAGGGAGGGCAGGGGCAGCCGCCGAUCUGCUCGACUAAGCCCUAUUGGGCCUGGUACAAAAGGCCUGCUUAGGUUAGUUUUGUGUUUUAAUUUUACAAGAAUUCAUUUUAUGGUUAUAAAUAAAAAAGUGGAAGUAUA